ACCGAUGUGCAAUAGGCUUAGGCCCUUAUCGGAGCAUUAAGUCCGCCAGACAGAAGAUCCACUAUAAAAGGCCACCCCAGCCCCUGGAAUGGAUAUAGUUCGUUCAAAAGAAUCCAAUCAUGAAGUAUCUAUUGGCUCUGGCACUCUGCUUCUUGGCUGUCAAUGCCCUUGUGGUGCCACAGCCAUCCGUAGAGGAUAGCAUCCCAGAGACCGAGGAGGACCUCCGCAUCUUCAGCGCCACGUACAGCGCCCUCAAGACCGCCCUGCGGACCAUCAAGGGGCUCAGCUGCAUCAUCGACUGGGUGGUCGGGAUCAAGGCCAGUGCCGAGAAGUUCAACUCGGACAUUGUCCUGUGCGGAGUGACCGCCAGCAAGGAUGUCACCAACCUGAUCAACGCCAACCUGGAGAUCAUCAACUCCUGCAACAACAUCGUCAACCUGAAGUCCACCAUUUGCGCCGCCACCGAUGACGACGAGACGGAGGCCAAGAUCACCAAAAGCUGCUUCGUGAAGACCGUCGCCCAGGUGUGGAAGCUGAAGAAGCAGGUGGAGAAGGCCGCCUCCUUGGCCGCCAAGCUGCCCCAGACCGGACCCAAUGCCUCGGCCUGUGUCAGCGAGUCGGUGACCACUCUGGUCGAGUACUACACCCUCUUUCCCCAGAACAUUGUCAGCUGCUCCAAGCUGACCUCCUAGGUUGGGGGUUGAGGGCUUAACCAUAAAUAUUACAAAUCUUUACGAGCAUUUAAUAAAUUUUUUUUUUCUUA